CAUAAUUUGUAUUUUUUUUAAUAUAAAGAACUCUUCUUUUUUUAUAUAAAAAGAUACAAGGUAAAUAACCUUAGAAUUGGAUGGAUGAAUUUAAUUUGUGGAUGGAUAUUGUUUUUUUUUUGUAUUUUUUUAAAAAAAAAAUUAGGGAGAUGACGCGUUUUAUUUUUUAUACAUUUAAAUUAGAAAUUUGCGGUUUUAUUAAUUACACAUUUCUUUCUCUUUUUUUUUUUUUGAAUUAUAAUUAAUUUAGAAUGGCUGAACAACAAACUCCUACAUUCAAGCUUGUCCUUGUCGGUGAUGGUGGUACUGGUAAAACCACUUUUGUUAAGCGUCACUUGACCGGUGAAUUCGAAAAGAGAUAUGUUGCUACUCUUGGUGUCGAAGUUCACCCUCUUACUUUCCACACUAACUUUGGUGCUAUCAUUUUUAACACCUGGGAUACUGCUGGUCAAGAAAAGUUCGGUGGUCUUCGUGAUGGUUAUUAUAUUGGUGGUCAAUGUGCUAUCAUCAUGUUCGAUGUUACAUCUAGAAUUACUUACAAGAACGUUCCCAACUGGCACCGUGAUCUCGUUCGUGUCUGUGAAAAUAUUCCCAUUGUUCUCUGCGGUAACAAGGUUGAUAUUAAGGAACGUAAAGUCAAGGCCAAGACUAUCACCUUCCAUAGAAAGAAGAACCUCCAAUACUACGAUAUUUCUGCCAAGUCUAACUACAACUUUGAAAAGCCUUUCCUUUGGUUGGCUCGUAAGUUGAUUGGUAACCCUAACUUGGAGUUCGUUGCUGCACCUGCUCUUGCUCCUCCUGAAGUUCAAGUUGAUGCUCAAUUGAUGCAACAAUACAACAAUGAAAUGGAAGAAGCUGCUGCUCAACCUCUUCCUGAGGAAGAUGAUGAUUUGUAAAUUCUGUGUGUUUGUUAAAUAUAUAUAAAGAAAUAUAUAAAAAAAAUAUAAGUGUAAUAGGGAGGGCUACUUUUUUAACUACUUUAAUUUUGAAUUCUUUUUAAUUAAAAGCAUUUUGGAUAUA